AAUCAUAAAAUCAAAGUAACUAAUAUAUUUCUCCACUAAAAAACACAAAAAUUUUAUGAAAGGGAAGAAUAAAUUUUAAGAAAUUUCUCUGAAGUCCAAACUCAAAAGCUUACUUCCCGCCGGGGCAAAAAUGCCGAGCCUGAGCCUCUUCACCAACGUCCCAGUCGACGCAGUGGUGGCUUCCGACAUUCUCAAAGACGCCACCAAAGCCGUCGCGAGAAUCAUCGGAAAACCCGAGUCUUAUGUGAUGGUCUUGCUGAACGCAGGUGUGCCCAUCGCAUUUUCCGGCAGAGAAGCUCCGGCUGCUUAUGGCGAGAUGAUGUCCAUAGGCGGCCUCGGGCCGAGCGUCAAUGGGAAGCUCAGCUCCACUGUUGCUGAGAUUCUGCAGACGAAACUCUCCAUUGAUGCCUCUCGUUUCUACAUCAAGUUCUACGAUGUUCAGCGCUCAUUUUGUGGGUACAAUGGCUCGACAUUCUAGUCUACUAGCCAUGAGAUGUCUUUAGGACUGCAGUACUGGUUUAUUGUCCAAGGGAGAUACAUUGUUUUAUACUCCUUAAUAUGGUGUACUGCACUUGUUUGUUG